AUGGCCGAGUAUUUGAGGUGUCGCACGGACAAGCAUUUGAAGAUCUUGCAUGCCAAGGUCGCUCAGAAAUCUUACGGCAGUGAGAAGAGAUUCUUCUGCCCCCCACCCUGUAUCUACCUGAGUGGCCAGGGUUGGGAACGCCCACUCAAACCCAGUACCGACGAUGUACAAGUCUGUGCUUAUAUGGGCAUAGGCAACUCAGAUCAGGACAUGGUUCCGCUGAAUUUAGAUGGAAAGGAUUACUGCGCUGCCAAAACGCUCUUCAUAUCUGACAGCGACAAACGCAAGCACUUCAUGCUGAGCGUUCGCAUGUUCUACUCCAACGCCCAGCCAAUCGGCGUCUUCCAGAGUAAGAGGAUCAAAGUCAUCUCGAAACCCAGCAAGAAGAAACAGUCUAUUAAAAACGCCGAUUUAUGCAUUGGCUCCGGUAGCAAAGUGUCGCUAUUCAAUCGGUUACGGUCCCAGACGGUCAGCACCCGCUAUCUGCACGUUGAGAAAGGGAAUUUUCACGCCAGUGCCACACAAUGGGGAGCGUUUACAGUUCACUUACUGGAUGAUGACGAGAGUGAGUCUGAGGAGUUCUCCGUGAAGGACGGCUUCAUCCACUAUGGCUCUACCAUCAAGUUGGUUUGCGUUGAAACCGGCAUGGCACUGCCUAGACUGGUGAUUCGGAAAGUAGACAAGCAGACGGUGAUAUUGGAUACGGACGAGCCGGUCUCCCAGCUGCACAAGUGCGCCUUCUACCUCAAAGACACCGACCACAUGUACCUCUGCCUCGCUCACGAAAAAAUUAUACAAUUUCAGGCAACACCAUGCCCCAAAGAACCAAACAAAGAGAUGAUAAACGACGGCGCCCUCUGGACGAUAAUAAGUACGGACUGCGCCGAGUAUGCCUUCUAUGAGGGCAUGGGCCCUGUGGCACACCCUAUCACCCCCGUCCCUACCGUCCAAAGUUUGCAGCUGAACGGUGGUGGAGACGUAGCUAUGCUUGAGUUGACAGGAGAAAAUUUCACGGCCAAUCUCAAGGUGUGGUUCGGAGAGGUUGAAGCUGAAACCAUGCACAGGUGUUGCGAGAUAAUGCUCUGUGUUGUGCCAGACAUCUCGGCUUUUAGAUCGCAAUGGAAGUACGUCAGAGAACCCCUGCAGGUGCCAGUCAUGCUGGUACGAAACGACGGAAUCAUCUACGCCACUGGGUUGACCUUCACCUACACCCCAGAGCCCGGGGAAAACCCGAGCCCCACCCCCUCCGACAAUAAUAACAAUAAUAAUAACACUAAUAACAACAACAACCGUCUCACCUUUCAUGCUGUCUGA